CAGACAGUUGACAGUUGUUACUUGUUCAUUGGUCAUGCGCUAUGCUUUUCCGAUGCCUACGUUUUGCGUCUGGUCGUGAACGCACCAUUGAGGUCAAACCUCUACCAAGGUAAAUAACAAAGCGCGAGGCCAAGAGAAAACAACGCUCACGUGACGUUAUUUGCAUCCGAGUAAAGAUUGUGUUUCUCAAAAAGUGAUACUACUCAGCUGCUGAGGACCACCCCGCCCUAACCUUUAACAUUCGACGGUGUCUGUUCUUCGCAGCAGUAAUGUACGGAAGUUGUGACCCUCCUUGUAGCAGCAGAGCUGAUCGUUUGAGUUCCACACAGCAGCCCGGCGUAGCUUUUGAUGGUGGUGAACCAGAGCCACAUGUCUUCUAAAGGGUAUGGUGGCUGUUGGAUGGUUGAUAACUGUGGACUCGUGGCUCUAGGGGCACAACACCAUGCAGCAGAAAGGUCCGAUCCGAAUUAUAGAAUGGGAGGACCUGGACAAAAAGAAGUUCUACUCCCUUGGUGUUUUCAUGACUUUAACCACCCGUGCAACGGUCUACCCGGCAAGCCUCAUCCGCACUCGACUCCAGGUGCAGAAAGGAAAGGCCCUUUACUCUGGCACCUUUGAUGCUUUCUGCAAGAUCCUGCGGUCAGAGGGUGUGUGGGGCUUGUACCGUGGAUUUAUGAUCAAUACCUUCACUCUAAUCUCAGGACAGGCUUAUAUCACGACCUAUGAACUGGUGCGGAAGUAUGUGUCCCAGUACACGCCCAGCAACACAGUGAAGUCAUUGGUGGCUGGAGGAGCAGCAUCCUUAGUGGCACAGACCAUCACUGUGCCCAUAGACGUGGUGUCCCAGCAGCUGAUGAUGCAAGGACAAGGGGAACAUCUAACUCGCUUCAAGGUCAAACCCAAGAUGAUGCUCGCUGCAACCAAGCGCAAACCCACUUUCGGCCAAACGCGAGACAUUACUGUGCAAAUAUUUGCGGCCGAUGGAUUCAGGGGAUUUUACAGGGGCUAUGUUGCAUCACUGCUUACAUAUAUUCCCAACAGUGCACUGUGGUGGCCUUUUUAUCAUUUUUAUGCAGAACAGCUGUCUUUGCUGGCACCGAGUGCGUGCCCCCAUCUGAUUCUACAGGCAUUGGCAGGACCAAUGGCAGCAGCAACUGCCUCAACUAUCACCAACCCCAUGGAUGUUGUUCGAGCAAGAGUACAGGUGGAGGGACGAUCGUCUGUUAUUGAGACGUUUAAGCAGCUGCUGGCAGAGGAGGGUGCCUAUGGGAUGACCAAGGGGCUGUCAGCCCGCAUCAUUUCUUCCACGCCCACGUCGGUGCUUAUUGUAGUGGGAUACGAGACUCUGAAGAGACUGAGCCUACGAGCUGAUCUGGUCGAGUCACGACACUGGUGAAAGGCCACAUGGGAUCAGAUCAAGCUUGCACCAGGCUUCACCUCAGGAGAUAAAGACCCAUAUCUGAUUUCAUUCCCAUGGUAACUGGUCUACUAUGCAGAUGCUACCACAGGCCUUCCAGACUGUAAUAUUAUAAUGCAUAUAUAUGGUGAUGUUUGUCUUUAAGUGGUUUUGAGAGUUGUACAACCUGGUGGUGUGGAAUAUUUUAUCAAAACUAUUAAUGUGAAAUCUUGACUUUGACUCAUAACUAAAUUCACAAUUUAAAACAAACCCUUAGCCCAACAGUGCUCCUUUAUGGCAUAUUUUAAAAGCAAGGUACAAGUGUUUUUAGAUCCAUCAAGUUUAGUCUUUCACUGUGCACCAGGCAGCCUCUGCUGCUUGUGAAUUUGUAAAAUGGAGCCACUGAUAUAUGGGCAUUGAAGGAGGGUAUGUAUUUUUAGGCCAUUGGUAAAGUUUGCCUAAUGAGAUUUCAAUAUGCCAAAAUGCAGAUGGCUUGUUUUUACCUUAAUUAGCACAAGAAAGCAGAAGGCAGUGUGACAUGUGCAAAUGCAUUCAGUGCAAGAAAAUCACUGCUUUGUUUAGGCCUAAAUGAUAAGAUGUUUAAUUACAACACCAUUAUAUCACAUGAAAGAGGUUCGUGUGAAACUCAAUCUCGAUUUCCUUAAGUAUCUUUAAAGUCGGCUUCUGUUUAUUUACAGGAGAAAUGGUACAUUUGUUGAUGUAGAGCUUUGUGAAACCAGGCCACAGUGUUGUGUAUUUUGACGUUAAGUCUGUGUUCGAUGUCACAUUUGCAGUUUGUGAAGUCAGUGGUUUGGAUUAAGCAAAGAGCAGCUUGAUGGAAAAAAAGAUGCUGCUGCAGAAGACAUGAUCAUAAAUGUUACAGACCUUUAGACAUCAGCAGAAAAGUGGGGAUUCAGAUUUUCCUCAUCACACCCGCUAAUGUCGGUGUGAAUUAUUUAUGCUGGUUGACUGAGGGUUCACAUCUGUUACUUUUUGGUCACAGGAUGAAAUGUUUAACUUUAGUGAACUUUAGAUGUUGCCUUCACAUUUCUCUAUACUAUUCAAUGUGGGUCAGUGUGGCUGCCAUUCAACUGUUACUGCCAAAUAACUUUAGGUUUUUUUCACUACACUGUAAACUUUUUUGGUUUGCAAAUGUUUAACAUGUACAACAGUGUUUAAAUGAAUUAACUCAUCACUCCUUAAAAGUUCUGAACAGGAAAUCACAUGCACCAUUUUCUCGUGGAAGAAGUGCAACAAAUUAGGUAUUUGUGAAUAUUUGAUUAAGAGUAAUAAAGAAUUCUGAAUCAAA